UCCCGAACACGAGCCGAGGGUGACGUUUAGGUCAAUGCCUGUGCGCUGCGCGUACGGAUUUACGUUACCGCCGGAGUACCGCUGGUUAGCGAAGAGAAACCCGGCGCCGUGCUACGGAGUCGAGUGGAGACCAGCGAACAUGGUCACCCGGAGGCCCGAACUGGGACGAGGUCGGCCUCGAGUGACUGUGUAGGGCAGGCGGUGCGGUAUCGACAGCUGAAUGCUAGGCCUAAACAGAACUGCCGUCUGCCGAAGAACCGUGAUGUAGAAGUCACAAGGAACUUUGAUCUUCCCAAGCGUACGUUAUAAUGAGUGGACGGCCGAGGACGACUUCCUUUGCUGAAGGGAACAAGCAGCCUCAACAGCCGAAUUUUCUCGCUGGAGUGAAAAUAACCAAUUCGGAUCUGGAUCUGGCUACCAAUAUCAUAAACGAGCUCGACCUGGUGCCCGGCAAGGACGGCGCCAAGGUGACCACGGUGCUGGCCACCCCGGGCCAGGGGCCGGACCGGCCGCAGGAGGUGUCUUACUGCGAUACCAAGGUGAUCGGCAAUGGCUCCUUUGGGGUGGUGUACCAGGCGCGGCUGCUCGACUCGGGCCAGCUGGUGGCCAUUAAGAAGGUGCUGCAGGACAAGCGCUUCAAGAACCGCGAGCUGCAGAUCAUGCGCCGCUUGGACCACUGUAACAUAGUGAAGCUCAAGUACUUCUUCUACUCGAGCGGCGACAAGAAAGACGAGGUGUACCUGAACCUGGUGCUCGAGUACAUCCCCGAGACUGUGUACCGGGUGGCGCGCCACUACAGCAAGUCCAAGCAGACCAUCCCGAUCUCCUUCAUCAAGCUCUACAUGUACCAGCUGUUUAGAAGUCUGGCAUACAUCCACUCUCUGGGCAUUUGCCAUCGGGACAUCAAACCACAGAACCUGCUGCUCGACCCCGAGACGGGAGUCCUCAAGCUGUGCGACUUUGGCAGCGCCAAGCUGCUAAUCAAGGGAGAGCCCAAUGUGUCGUACAUCUGCUCACGCUACUACCGGGCCCCGGAGCUGAUCUUUGGUGCCACGGACUACACGACCAUGAUUGACGUGUGGUCGGCGGGUUGCGUGCUUGCCGAGCUGCUGCUGGGCCAGCCCAUCUUCCCCGGCGACAGCGGUGUGGACCAGCUGGUGGAGAUCAUCAAGGUGCUGGGCACGCCCUCCAAGGAGCAGAUCCGUGAGAUGAAUCGCAACUACACGGAAUUCAAGUUCCCCCAGAUCAAGGCACACCCGUGGCACAAGGUGUUCCGGGCACGGACACCCCCCGAGGCCAUUGACCUGGUGGCCCGACUCCUCGAGUACACACCCAGCGCACGCAUUGGCCCCCUGCAGGCCUGCGCGCACACCUUCUUCGACGAGCUGCGGGAACCAGGCACCAGGCUGCCCAAUGGCCGCGAGCUGCCCCCCCUCUUUGACUUCACGCCCCACGAGCUCUCUCUGGAGCCACAGCUGAAUGCCACGCUGAUUCCAGCGCAUCUGCGAGGUGGCGAGGCUGCUCCCGCAGCGGGGGCAGCAGGGUCGUCAUCUGAGCCGGCCGAAGCAUCCACCUCCAACAGUGGCCCCGUGUAAAUAAAGUGUGUGUGUACAUAGGCGUGUACAUACCCUGCGGGAGGAGGGCCCCCCACACCCGCUAUUUAUUGUGUGGCAUUAGAGUUUUAGACGUGUAGCGCCAGAAAUAAACGUUUCCCAUCUGCCUCCUCUGUCCCUUGACCCUUAACAACUUGCUCUCCUACACAGAGGUUGGAAUGGGCAGCUUUCGUUUCGGGUAGCAUGGCUGUUAUGUAAAGUGCAGGGGUGUCAGUGGUAAGAGGAGAGGUUUGCUUGCUUCCGCAGAAAUUGAAUGACCAUGACUGAAGGCACUGUGGCUUGUCUGGUGAACUGGCACUGUUGGUUCAGAAGUGCUGAUAAGUGUUGGAGCUCAGCGGUGAACAGAAGGUGUGGUGGUUCCUCUGACCCCAGGAACGACUCUGAACAACCAAUGAGAGAUUCAGUGGGCACAUAUGGCUUGGAGCAGCUGCUUUAUGGCUUUUUUUUUUUCUUCCCUGCAUUUGUGCGCCGUUGCCACUGUUGUACUGUGAAUGUGAAACUAUGUGGCAGUCCAGCCAUGUCGACGAGUGUGUAAAACUUUAGCACGUGUGAUAACUCGGGCACUUUGCACACUGUGGAUUAGCACGGAAGAGUGGCCUGCCCUGUCUCGGAACUUGCAAGCGCAUCACCACAGCUUGCAGUGAUCUGGUCAAGGAAACGUGUUUCACUUAAUCUAGGGAUCAGAGAUCAUUCCACAUUCACGCUCUCUUUCAGUUUGUCCAACUUGCACGUGCAGGAGUGAUUGCUGCGCUGUUUGAACUCCUUGUCUUCUAAUCUAGUUCUUGUAUCCGGCCACCUGGCAGAGGCUGUAGUCACCAUAAGGGUAUGUGUGUGUGUACGUGCGAACCGGAGCUAGGAACUUGUCAAGAAAUCAUUGUUAGUGGUCAUUGGAGAUUUCGCUAAUAGAAUUUGCACAUGCCACUGUGCUGGGAUUCCCACAUCAUGUGGCCUUUUGCUCUACAUGUGUGGCAGAGUUGUGACAAAAUUAGUUGAACAAGAGUGCACAGAUUUCAAUUCAUUAGCUCUAUAUAGUUCAAUAUAUCAUACCUAUUCAUUACUGAGAGAAAAAUUGUUUGCUGCAGUGGGAACCCCGUGCACUCUCCCAUUUCUGUUAGUGACUGCCUGCUGUGCGUUUUUGUGUACUUACACUUUUGCCUACAUCUUUUUCUAUUCAAGCGAAGCACCCAUUUUUUCAUGAAGUCCUUAAUGUGCCUGUUUGAACAGUGCGUUCACGUUUCAGGCGAAGAACCACAUAACAUUAUAUUGCACUCGGCAGGCGGUUACACAAGAAAUUUCUUGAAGCAACUUUGCCAAUUUUUCAAUAUUUACUACAUAAUGCCUUACUGGCAAAGCAAGUAUGUGCAAUUUGCGAGGCAUUAAUUGUGGACUCGUGUAGGCUUUGCCACGCUGACUUUGGAAGGAUUGUCGCUUGAACUUAGCACCCUGUUGUAAAUGUUUGUUUUUGUUCAGGUUUAUUUAAAUGUGUGUAUUUAUUAAAAAAACAUUCGUUCUUUGAAUGUUUGCUCCUGGCAA